AACGGUUCUUUCAAUCCAAAUCAUCAUCCUAUUACUACAUACUCGACCAAAAAUGAUAAAUUUUCAAAAUUUCAUAUCCAUUAUUUUCUAUUUUGGUUCUAUCUGAACGGCAGUUUUUGUUUUUCUAAAUAUAAAACCAACCAACACACGGCACACAAAAGUGAACAUCCUUUUCCCCUUUUUCUUUCUGAUAAACCAGAAAAAAGAAAAAAAAAAGAAUCUUCUUCUUCAUUAGAUAAUAUCUAUUUCUAUCUUUAGGCAAUUUUGCUUCUCUUAUUCUCUGUCUUCCUCAAAAAGUUUGUUUACUCGACAUAAUGAGCCACCCCCAUGUUCUUGAUUUAGCCUAAAAAGAAGUUCCCUUUUAUUUUCCCCUUAUUGGAAUGAGAAAUUUUUUGUACAUAUAAUUCUUACUUCUGACGGAAAAAAAAGGAUGUUGUCCGUUUCGCCAAAUUCUAUGGCGCGUAGUUCGUUAGAGGAAAUGCUGGAGACUCUCCGGAAAAGGGACGAAAAUGAGAAACCCAAAGACUUGCCACCGGCAUUACCGGCUCGGCCGAAGCUUAAAUCCAAGACUAGGCCUCCCUCACCGAAGCGAACGUUGCCCAAUAGCUUCGGAAUUAAAGGAGAUGUUGAAUUGGAGAAGAAUAGUAGCAAGAAAUUUGAAGAGUCUAAAGGGUUGCAAAGGAAUGCUAAUUUUGGGGCUUAUAAGAAGGUUAAAGGAAUGGAACUUAAUAUCAAUUAUUUUAUUAACAAGAAGCUCCGCAUCUGGUGUCGCCUGAGGAAUGGACAAUGGGUAUCAGGACAGAUUCAAUCAUCUUCAGGAGAUAAAGCUACAGUAUUACCAUCUGAUCGCAGUGUUGUGACAGUGCCUGUAGGAGAGCUUUUACCUGCUAAUCCCAAUGUUCUUGAGGGUGUGGAUGAUCUAAUGCAACUUAGUUAUUUGAACGAGCCAUCAGUUCUUCACAACCUUCAACGCAGAUAUGCACGGGACAUAAUAUAUAGUAAAGCAGGACCUGUUUUAAUAGCAAUCAAUCCCUUCAAAGAUAUCCAAUUGUAUGGGGACGAAUUUGUUACAGCUUACAGACAGAAGCUCUUGAAUGAUCCUCAUGUUUAUUCUAUUGCUGACACUGCAUACGAUCGAAUGAUGGAAGAUGAAAUAAGUCAAUCUAUUAUCAUAAGUGGGGAAAGUGGAUCUGGGAAGACGGAAACAGCAAAGAUUGCAAUGGAAUACUUGGCUACGAUUGGUGGAAGCAGUAAUGGAAUAGAGAGGGAGGUGCUGCAAACAAGCUACAUAUUAGAGGCCUUUGGGAAUGCCAAAACUUCCAAGAACAACAACUCUAGUCGAUUUGGAAAGUUGAUGGAAAUUCAUUUUAGUGCAACAGGAAGGAUAUGCAGUGCUAAAAUACAAACCUUACUUCUUGAAAAGUCGAGAGUAGUUCAGCUGGUCAAUGGAGAGAGGUCCUACCAUAUCUUUUACCAACUAUGUGCCGGGGCUCCACCUGCUUUGAGAGUUAAACUUAAGUUGAAAGGUGCAUCUGAAUACAAAUAUCUCAACCGGAGUGACUGCUUGGUGAUCCAUGAUAUUGAUGAUGCUGAGGAAUUUCGUAAGUUUAUGGAAGCCCUAAAUACUUUUAGGAUUUCUGAAAGGGAUCAAGAGCAUGUUUUUCAGAUGAUUGCUUCAGUUUUAUGGCUGGGAAAUAUAACAUUCCAAGUAAUUGACAAUGCAAGCCAUGUUGAAGUUGUGCAAAGUGAAGCUGUUACAAAUGCUGCUAGCUUGAUUGGAUGUAGAGUAAAUGACCUCAUGCUAGCUUUAUCAACACGUCAAAUACAAGUCGGCAAGGAUAAGGUUGCCAAGAGUUUAACUAUGGAGCAGGCAACUGAUAGAAGAGAUACAUUGGCGAAGUUCAUUUAUGCAAACUUGUUUGACUGGAUAGUUGAUCAAAUGAAUAGAAAGCUUGCAAUGGGUAAAGAACAGACGGGUAGAUCCAUAAAUAUUCUGGAUAUUUAUGGUUUUGAAUCAUUUAAGAGAAACAGUUUUGAACAAUUUUUCAUAAACUAUGCAAAUGAGAGGCUCCGGCAGCAUGUCAACCGACAUCUUUUGAAACUUGAACAGCAAGAGGAAUAUGAAUUGGACGGAAUUGAGUGGACAAAAGUAGAUUUUGAAGACAACCAAGAGUGCCUGGAUCUUUUUGAAAAGAAACCCAUUGCGCUUAUAUCUUUGUUGAACGAAGAAUCAAAUUCCCUAAAAGCCACUGAUUUGACCUUCGCGAGUAAACUUCAGCAGCACAUCAAAUCUGACCCUUGCUUUAAAGGCGAAAGAGAAGAAUUUCAUAUUCGCCAUUAUGCUGGAGAGGUUACUUAUGAUGCAACUGGCUUCUUAGAAAAGAAUAGAGAUGCACUGCAUUCUGACAUUAUUCAGCUACUCUCAUCAAGUGGCGGCCAGCUACCUCAGCUGUUUGCCUCUGUUUCUGCUAAUGAAGAUACAAAAUUCUCAAGUCCAUCAACCUAUACGGGGGUGCCAGAUUUUCAGAAGCAAAGUGUUGCAACUAAGUUUAAGGAUCAUUUGUUCAAACUGAUGCAGCAGUUGGAAAAUACAACACCCCACUUCAUAUGUUGCAUAAAACCAAAUAAUAAGCAGGUUCCUGGCAUGUGUGACAAAGAUCUUGUCAUACAACAGCUCAGAUCCUGUGGUGUUCUUGAGGUGGUUAGAAUAUCAAGAUCUGGCUAUCCUACUAGGUUAACACAUCAAGAAUUCACAAGCAGGUACGGCUUCCUUCUGGUGAAGGAUAAUGCAUGUCAAGAUCCUCUAAGUAUGUCAGUUGCCGUUCUUCAGCAGUUUGAUAUUCUUCCGGAACUGUACCAAGUUGGAUACACAAAGUUAUAUUUCCGAGCAGGACAGAUUGCUGCAUUGGAGGAUGUGAGAAACCAAGUUCUGCAAGGUACUCUUGAGGUGCAGAAGUGCUUUCGUGGUCAUCGUGCUCGUCGUUACUUCCAUGAGCUGAAAGGAGGAGUAAUCACACUUCAAUCAUUUAUUCGUGGUGAAAUAGCAAGAAACCGGUAUAAUACUUCGGUGGGGUCUAAGGCAAAGGUGGCUCACAAAAGUGAUGAGCAGCUGGUGGCUGUUGUGCAGAUGCAAUCAGCUAUUCGUGGAUGGUUGGCUCGAAAGGAUCUUAAUAAACUGCAGAGUGCAAAAACGUUAAAUGAAGACAUCUCAAAAACAGGCAGAAAAAUGGAGGCCAAGAAUUGUAAAAUCUGCUUCGGGACUAAUAUCUUUAAGAAUUUGGUGGCCUGUUUGAUGAAGCCAACUUUAGAUGAGUACCGAAGACUGAAGUGCAGGUUUGAGGAAUGGAAAAAAGAUUACAAAGUCCGGUUAAAGGAGACAAAGGCAAAAGUACACAACCUUCGUUUUCCUAAAGCAGGGAAGAAUCGUAGAAAAUGGUGGGGUAAGAAGAGCAAGUGAUUUUAGCUUAAAAUCAGUCGUUUUCUUCCUUGGGGUAUUUUAAAAUGUGAAAACUAAUUUCCCCAACUUAUGGUUGGUAACAUAGCAGAGUUGGUGGAGAUUGGGAAAUAGUGUGUGCGCUCGGUUAUGGAUCCUCUGAUCCCUCCCCUAGAUAGUUAAGAGCGUGUUUGUAAACAAUGCUAGGUUGUGUAAUUACACUAGAUAGCUGUAUUAAUGCUAUUGCUUGAUAUGUGCCUAAACACUAACAAUAAAUUUGGCUAUGGUGUUUUUAUAUAUUCAGCUCAUUACAAGUGAUAAAUGUUUGGAGAAUAUACUCCUUCCCAUUUUAUGGGGUCUCA